AUGAAAAUCUGUAGUUGGAAUGCACGGGGGCUUGGGAACCCUCGUGGCAUUCGUACCCUCUGUGAUUUAAUUCAGAGGGAACUACCCGACGUCUUGUUCCUGCAGGAGACCAGAUUGUCCACUCGUGAAGUUGAAUCCUGUAAGUACAAACUAGGCUUUCAAAAUUGUUUGGCUAUUAGUUCUGAUGGAAGGAAAGGGGGUAUUGCAUUAUUAUGGGAUGUUGAGAUUGAUUUAUCUGUGAUUAACUAUUCGUCUAAUCAUGUUGAUGCUGUCAUUAAAGAUUUACGAUUACGGAAGGGUCACUGGUUUUUAACUGCUCUAUAUGGUUUUCCUGAAACUCACCUGCGACAUCAGUCCUGGAGUUUACUUAAAUCUUUAUGUCGUGCUCCUGAUGAACCGUGGCUGGUGUUGGGAGACUUUAAUGAAUUAUUGUCUGCUCAUGAAAAGAGUGGGGGUAAUCCUAGGCCUGAAAAACAACUUAGUGCUUUUAGAGAGGUUGUUGAUGUCUGUAGAUUGAGGGAUUUGGGUUUCUCGGGGCCAAUGCUUACUUGGUCAAAUAGACGAGCUGGUGAUAAGUGCAUUAGAGAAAGGCUUGAUCAUUGCUUGGUUAAUUCUAUGUGGUGGGCCUGUUUCCCUAAUGCCCGUGUGACCCAUGGUGUGGUAGCCUAUUCCGAUCAUUUACCUAUUUGGUUAAAUCUAGAGGGAGCUAGUGCUUCCCACAAUAGUCAAAAGUCUUUUAAAUUUGAGGCCAUGUGGGUGGGUGAGGUUGAAUGUGAAGAAAUAAUCAAAGGGGUUUGGGAAAGGUGUGCUGCCCCAGCUUCUAUGAAUGUUCUUUCAGGUUUGAUUAAGGAGUGUGGGGAUCAGCUACAGGGGUGGAAUAAACAAGGUUUUGGAAAUGUUCAAACUCAACUAAAUAAGGCACAACGAUCCCUAUGCAAUCUACAGGACAUGGACCCAGGAUUGGUCUCUAAUGAUGCUCUGAAUGCUGCAAGAAGUAAGGUUCAACUUUGGUUAGAAAGAAAGGAGAUUAUGUGGCGACAACGUUCUAAGGCAUUGUGGCUAAAGGAGGGUGAUAGCAAUACGAAGUAUUUUCAUAUGAAGGCCUCCCAACGAAAGAGGAAAAAUUAG